AUCUUCAACUCGCUCGUCGGAGGCGAGCGACGUCCAUGGCUUCGCCGGAGCUCGCCGCCAGCGACGGCAGCUACGGCUUCCACCUCCGCUCCCUCUCCGCCGCCUCCAGGGACUCCGCCGCGGCUUCCGACCCCGCCUCCGACCCCAACAUCCUCGAAUCCGUGAGGAGGGUGUGCGAGAUGUGCAAGGAGGCCAAGGGAGCCAGCGACGAGAUGGUGGCGCGGGCGUUCCCGGUGAUGAGCAAGCUGUUCCAGCGCUGCGCCGCCGCACCGACGCAAUCCGUGGCCUCCAGUGGCGUGCUGUUACUCACCAUUCUGCAGUUCUUCCUGGACUUUGGGGAGGCAGUUCUGCAUGAUGCUGAUGGUAGCUUGAGAACCUUCUUCCGCUCUUGCUUGAGUAGGGAAUUUGCAGAUCCUAUUGUCGCAGAGCGCACACUUGAAUUCCUGAUAGCGAACAAGACAAAGAUACUGAUCUUUUUUCCCACAUUAAUUCCACAGUUUUUUCCAUUGUUGCUGAAGCUAAUUGCAUCAAAUGGUGAGAGAUUGGAGAGGAAGUUCUCCGAAGUGCUUCCGCUAAUGAUGUCGGCAGGAUCUUUUCUUCCUCUCUUCCUGUCCCUUAUGGAUCUUCCACUGCUAGUGGUAGCACUGGAAAAGGUGGAAAGAAGUUCUGGAACUCUCAUUGGUAGUAGUAUAGCUACUAUUCAGAAGAGUGCUGCUCCUGAGAUGCUACUUGCACUAAUGGAUGAAGCAUACACUGGUUCUGCUAUAGAAGAUGCCAGUGGAAAUGCAGGUUCUGAUGAUAGUGGUCCUCUAGAUCUUGCUGACCCGAUGUUCCUUGAUCUUCUAAAAGAUGAGAAUGAUGGUAUUGCUGCAAAACAUUGGACAUCUCCUACGAUAUCCUCAACCUUACAGGCAGCAGUUAACAGCCCACAAUCGGACAGAUUAAAACAGUCACUGAAAAUGGCACCUCAUUUUCUUACAUUAUAUUUUGCAACAGCAUUGUGGGAUGUUAACGACUCACUCCUAUGCGCGCUGAUUCCUGUAGUUAUGUCAAGAUAUGCUGCAAUGUUCCCUGACAAAGUAUACUCUUUUGAGGUGAGGAAAAGACUUUCAGAUUUCAUACUGACUGCAUUCCAGCGCUCCCCUGACAUCAUUGCACUUCUAAAGAAGCCCAUUACGGACAAACUUGGGGAGGCUCAUGAUAAUCCCGCAAAGACUGAAUUAGCAUUGCAUUUGUGUUGGGCCAUUGGUGAGCAUGGAGCUGGAGGGAAAAAUUGUAAAGAUGUAGCUCGUGAACUGUUUGAAAAUUUGGAGUUGCUGUUAUAUGAAAACCUGGCCACUAGUCGUUUGGGAUUAAGUCAGGACACAGGAUUUGAUCCUAUGGGUGCAUCUUCUAGAAAGUCAUCUCAAGCUAGGCUCCUCUGCUUUGUGGUGACUGCCAUUGCAAAGCUAGCAACCUUCCAUAAUGAGUUGCUUCCCAGAGCUCGUGUAUCAUUGGCUAAGGUUGCUCGUUCCCGAACCUCAGACAGGAGAGUGUGGCAACGUGCUUGUGACUAUUUAGGUCUCAUGAAUGAACCAGCCAUUUGUUUAUCUGUACUGGGACCAUCUACCGCACAGGGAAAUGGUCCUGGUAUUGUGAACUGGAGUGAAGGAGGAACAAAGAUGGUAGCUCACAUUCCAUUCUACCUUCUAGCUGUGCAAAAGGGCACACCAAUUCAUGAUUUUUCGUUUGACGAUCUCCUCCCCACGGUAUGAGAACAUUUUCAUGAGUGCCAUGGAUUCAUGGAAUGUUUCCCAGGCAGACUCCAUGUGUACCGAGGUUUUUGGUGGUCAUAUCAUGAUGAAGAUCUAAGUGUGGUGCCUCUUAUAUAUGAGUUUAUUCAGUUCAUUCUUCGAUCUAAAGGCUAGCUGAUUUGCUUUGAUGUGCCUUUCCAGUUUAUGGGAACUGAAACGUUUGUACCUCAUUGAGUAUGUCCAUGUGGUGAUUGUCGUAUAUAUGUACAUCUUUUGAAGUGUAAGCAGUGCUGUAAAUUAAGAUAUCUGAACGCUGUAGAUUUUAUCAAGGAAUCAUACAUCGAUGAGCUGCUAUAUUUGGGAUGCGAUUGUUCA